AUGUCAGAUAUGCCAAUCUCUUGGAAAUACUUCCGUCGUCGACCAUCAACGCAAAGUCAAAGAGACACAGGUGAUGACAUCCAAAGCAGUCAAAGAGACACAGGUGAUGACAUCCAAAGCUAUCUAUAUGAAUCACCCCAGAGAGGUACAAGUUCUUGUUUUUCCAAGGAUGAUAACGUCCAAAGCUAUAGACAUGAAACACCUCAGAGAGUUAAGAAUUCUUGUUCUUCCAAAGAUUCUUCUAAUAAUAACCAAAGCUAUAUAUACGAUGUGUUCAUCAGUUUCAGAGGUUCCGACUCUCGCAACACCUUUGUUGACCAUCUCUAUGCUAGUCUCAUUAGAAAAGGUAUUUUCGUCUUCAAGGAUGACAAACAACUUCAAAAAGGUGACUCCAUUUCGCCUCAACUUCUACACGCAAUUCAACAUUCACGGAUUUCUAUUAUUAUCUUCUCAAAAGAUUAUGCUUCUUCAACUUGGUGUUUGGAUGAAAUGCUUGCUAUUGCUGAUUCCCGUGCUGAAAUGAAACAAAUUGUUUUUCCUGUUUUCUAUGAUGCUGAUCCAUCUCAUGUGAGAAAACAGAAUGGUGUUUAUGAGAGUGCUUUUGUUUUACAUUCCGACCAAUUCAAACAUGACCCAAACAAGGUUGAUAAGUGGAAGAGAGAUAUGACCUGUUUGGCUUCAUUAGCUGGUUGGGAUGUCAGAGAUAAGCCAGAAGUUGAACAAAUUCAAAAUAUUGUUCAGGCUAUAAUAGAAAAGUUGGGUCGGAAAUUCUCAGGGAUUGCUGAUGAACUUAUUGGAAUACAACCUCGAGUAAAAAUAUUAGAAAAUGUUUUGAAACUAAGCUCUCAUCGUGACAAGUUUCGAGUUUUAGGAAUACGGGGGAUGGAUGGCAUAGGAAAAACAACUCUUGCAACUGUCUUGUUUGACACAAUCUCACAUCACUAUCAAUUUGGUGCUUGUUGUUUUAUCGAGAAUGUUAGCAAAGUUUAUAGAGAUGGUGGUGCUAUUGCUGUUCAAAAACAAAUUCUUCGUCAAACUCUAAAUGAAAAAAAUUUGGAAACAUACACUUCUUCCGACAUAUCUGGAAUUAUACUAAACAGGCUAUACAACAUGAAGCUCCUUAUAGUUCUUGACGAUGUUGAUCAAUUUGAGCAAUUGCAAGAAUUGCACAUAAAUCCCAAACUACUUCGUCCAGGAAGUAGAAUAAUCAUAACCACUAGAGAUGUGCAUAUUCUUAAAUUGUAUGGAGCGGAUAGAAUUCAUGAGGUUGAAUUGAUGAGUGAUAGUGAUGCUCGUGAACUUCUAUGUAGAAAAGCCUUUAGAAGUGAUAAUUCUAGUAGUGAUUAUGCAGAACUUAUUCCUAUGGUACUAAAAUACGCUCAAGGUCUUCCAUUAGCAAUUAGAGUAAUGGGUUGUUUCUUGUAUAAUAGAAAUACUUCCCAAUGGAGAGCUACCUUGGAAGGGUUGGAGAAUAAUCCAGAGAGUGGAAUCAUGAAAGUGCUUCAGUCAAGUUUUGAGGGACUCGAGCAAAGAGAGAGAGAAAUAUUUUUGCACGUUGCUUGCUUCUUUGAUGGGGAGAGGGAGGAUUACGUGAGGAGAAUUCUAGAUGCUUGUGGAUUGCAGCCUGAUAUUGGAAUUUCACUUAUUGCUGAAAAAUCGUUCAUAACUAUUAGAAACCAAGAAAUUCAUAUGCAUAAAAUGUUGCAAGAGUUGGGGAAGAAAAGUGUUCGGGAACAGCAUCCUGAUGAGCCAAGAUUAUGGAGCAGAUUGUGGCUUUACAGUGAUUUAUAUGAUUCGACGAUUACAAAACCGGAACCAAUAACAGCUAAAGCCAUAAUUCUAAAUCAAAAGAAGGAUGUCUGCGAAUUCAAUCCGUUGAGUGUUGAAGAUUUAUCAAAAUUGAAAAUGUUGAAAGUGCUCAUAUUAUAUCAUUCAAAUUUUUCAGGAAGCCACAAAUUUCUUUCUGAUUCCUUAUGUUAUCUUUCUUGGAAUGGUUAUCCUUCCGCAUCUUUGCCAUCAAAUUUUCAACCAUAUAAUCUUGUAGAAUUGAAUAUGCCUGAUAGCAACAUUGAACAACUAUGGAUAGGCAUCCAGCGUCUCCCCUAUUUAAAAAGGAUGGAUUUAAGCAACUCCAAGAACCUCAAAGUGACUCCAUGCUUUGAAGUGAUACCUAAUCUUGAGCGACUAGAUCUUACAGGUUGCAUAAACUUGUUGAAUGUGCAUCCAUCAAUUGGACUUCUUACAAAACUUGUAUUCUUGAGUUUGCAGAACUGUAGUAGUCUAGUCAGCCUUGAUUUUGGGAAUGCAUCAAGAUUAAAGUCUUUAAGAGUUAUGCGUCUUUCUGAUUGCACCAAACUUGAAAUCACUCCGGAGUUCAAUGGAUUAGUAAGUCUUCAGUAUCUUGAAAUGGAUCGAUGUGCAAGUUUGUCCAUGUUUCAUAAAUCAGUUAAGGAUCUUGCAAAUCUAAAAUUCUUAAGUUUGAGAAACUGCCCAAAUCUUGUUGAAAUACCCGACACUUUUUAUAAGAUGACAUCUCUUAUAACUCUAGAUCUUUACGGAUGCUUUAAAUUUACAAAGUUUCCCUUAAGAGGGAUUUACAUUUCUACCACACAAUCUUUGAUUUCUAUAGACUUAAGCUUUUGCGGUAUUACUACAAUACCUGAUGCUAUUGGAGGAUUGAGGUGUUUGGAAAGACUAAAUCUUCAAGGAAAUAAGUUUACUAAACUUCCUCCCUUCUUGAAGUCUCUUGGCAGUUUAUCAUAUUUAAAUUUGUCUCAUUGCCAUAAGCUUGAAAGUAUGCCUGAGCUCCCAAUAGAAAGUGGUGAAUCAGAUUCAACGGGAAGAUAUUUUCAAACAACAUCUGGAUCGCGUAACCAUCGAUCGGGACUAUAUGUUUUUGACUCUCCCAUUAACACAACGUCUGAAUCCUUGUUCUCCAACGAAUAUAUCUGUCGGCUCUUCUCUAGAUGGGUACAAAGACUAGUUCGGGAACCUCUUCAAUUUCGGUGUGGCUUUGACAUUGUUCUUCCUUGGCAUGAAGAAAUCAAUGGUUUUCUUGAAAAUAGUUCCAUUCAAGAGUUUUUUGGUCACGGGUUUAAAGGGGGUUCUAUAGGAAGAAUAAAUAACACUGGAAUGCAUGAUGACUGGCUUGGGUUUCUCUUUUAUGUAACAUUUGAGUUAAACAAUCAUCAUGUAUUAUCUAAUUCCCCACUCUUCCCGCCGCCACUGCCACAUCCUUUUUAUCUUUCUUUUGAGAACGAACACACAGAAGAACGAUUUGAUAUGCCACUCAAUUUGGAUCAGAAGAAGAUUCUUGGUGACCAUUAUCUUUGGAUAAUCUAUAUCUCUCGGGAACACUGCCAUUUUGUUGAAACAGGAGCGCAUAUCACAUUUAAGGCCCAUAAAGGUUUGAUUUUGAAGGAAUGUGGUUUGCGAGUCAUAACCAAGGGAGACAUAGAGGACUCAACAAUGGUGAUGGGAGCACCUCUACCUUUACCAAUUGUCAAAGUAAAACAAAGCAGAAGUAAAAAAAGUAGGUUUGAGUCUAAAAUCCAACUUCCUUACAAUUGGUUAGUUUCUGACAAAGAUGAAGCCGAGAAGAAUGCAGCCAAAGGGAAAGAAACUGAUCUCUUUAAUCUUGGCCUAUUUACUGAAAGAUCACACUGA